GGGUGCAGUUUCGGAAGGAAGCAGAGAAAGAGUACCAUUCUAAUUGUCCGUUUUCGCUCAUAUGGAUGAGGACGUAAACAUGGACAAUAAUAACGACAACAACACCAGCAACAAUGACAGCGGAGACAGCUUUUGGUUGAUUAAUAUGUUCGAAAAGCUUGAAUCAGUGUUCACCGAUGUAUGCUAUUCCGCCUCUUCCAAUCCCUUUGAUAUGUUGAUUUUGGUCAGAUCUGAAACUCGCAUAUUAACAAUUCUACUUGUUUUCUGAAUCAUGUGAACAACAGCAAGCGUGUAGUUAUGUGGAGAAUCAGUUGCAGUCGAUAGGCUCCGAUAUGACAAACUUUCUGUCGGAUUUCAUGCAUGAAGCGCUGCCCUUUUCUUGGAUCGACAAUACAACUGCACAGCCACGGCACAGUAAUGAUUCUGCCCUCGACAGUGACCCGAUGGUUAAUGCAACUGACAGUCACCACCAACCUUUUGAGGAGGAAAAUCCCAACCUUGCCGAUGCCUCUGAAGAUGAAACUUGUAGUCCAAUUAACACCUCUGGAAAGAGCUCGAAACGGGUGGACAUAUCUAAUGAUUUCUGUGAUCUAAUGCAGGAAGCACUGCCCUCUUCUUUGAUUGACAAUACAACUGCACAGCCAGGGCACAGUAAUGAUUUUGCCCUCAACAGUGACCCGAUGGUUAAUGCAACUGACAGUCAUCACCGGCCUAUUGAGGAGGAAAAUCCCAACGUUCCCGAUGCCUCCAGGGAUGAAACUUGUAGUGCAAGUAGCUCCUCUGGAAAGAGCUCAAAACGGGGGGACAUAUCUAAUGGUUUCUGUGAUCUUUUAACUUGGAUAAAAUCCACCUCUCCUUCUGGUGCUUUGGCUGAAUGUUCUCAAAACAAUGCUGCUAGUGUCGGGAUCACUCCCAUCCAUCCCAGCGAGAAAGAGCUUGGCGACAACUCUAAGGAAUGCUCAGACAAGCUGGAUGCACUGAAUGGUGUCUUUCAAUUGAAAACACAUUCUAGGUUGGCUAAUACAACUGAAUCAUAUGUUGGGAAUGCUUCCAAUGUUGAGACUGUUGGCAUCCCUGUCCUUGAAGCCGACAUCAGUGAUGGUUUACGUGCAUGCCGCAUUGACAAUGAUCUCGAGUAUGGAAGUGUUCGCCCUCAUGCCUGUGAAGCAAAAGAGUUUGUUAACCACUACAGGGAGAGCUUGGAGUGUGACCCAAUGCAUGCAUCGAAUGUCACUUUGACAUGCGAAUUGCUUUCGGAUGUGGGUAUUAUAACUCAAUGGUCUGAUGAUGAUAUUGAAGAAGCUGAAAGUGCUCCGCCCAUUGCCUCUGGAAAUGAAUUAAGUAAUCACUCCAGGGAGAAUUCAAAGCCAUUGCAUCCAUUUUUCUCUAUAAAAAUCCUCGAUAAUAAAGCUGCUGACGAUGAACCUACUGGCUCUGAUACCUCUGCAGGCAAAUUCUUAUUGGACAGUACAAAUCCGACAGAAGAGAUGAAGCCGGGUGAGGGCUUCAUUGUGCUCGAUCGAAGUGAAGUUUGUCCAUUCUAUAAUGGAGAAGGGAAGAUAAUACCUAACAAGAGAAAGAUCGGAAGGGCUUUCUAUUCGAAAGUUUUUCCGACAAAGAACAAUACAAAUCCGGUUGGAGCUGAAUUAAAUAUACAAAUGGAAUGCUCUGGCAAUCUGCUUAGCCUGUCCCGACCAUCAACACCAGAGGAAGUGGAAUAUUCCAAUUCCGACUGGGAGAUCGUAUAGAUGAGUCAUAAGUUCUCUUUACCAUUUGACUCUUCAUGUCUUACCUCGUUUUAUCUGUUGUUUAGCAAAUUAGGCUUAGGCACUGGAAAUUAACCUUUCCAAGUUUUAUUCAAGGUAGGAAUUUGGCAAUUAUACAAUAAUUAUUGCAUUCUUUCUUCGUAAAUUACAUUAUUCCAUGUUCGAUAUUUUUUUUUCCC